AGUUGGAGGUAGGACCAAACUCUCAAACAGAUAUACUAACAUGCGCCACAAGGCCGUUAGCUAUCCGGCGCCAAUAUUCCUUGGUGCUCUCUCUCUUUUUCUCUGUCUCUAUAUGUUUGUGCUUUUGUCACUUUCCUUAAAUUUUUUUCACUCACCUCAUAACCUAUCAAACAAACCAAACCUUUAUUUUUGAACUCAAAACAGAACCAGCAGUGAUCCUUAGGCAUCUCUGUUUCUCACAAACAUGGAAAACGGUUGCUUCCCUUCUCCUCCUCGACGUGAUUUUCCUGCUGGUCUGCGAGUCCUUGUUGUCGAUGAUGAUCCAACAUGGCUCAAGAUCCUUGAAAAGAUGCUCAAAAAGUGCAACUAUGAUGUGACUACCUGUUGUUUAGCAAGACAUGCUCUAAGCUUGCUUCGUGAAAGGAAGGACGGAUAUGACAUAGUUAUCAGUGAUGUAAACAUGCCUGACAUGGAUGGUUUCAAACUUCUUGAGCAUGUUGGACUUGAGAUGGAUCUUCCUGUCAUUAUGAUGUCUGUGGAUGGAGAAACAAGCAGGGUGAUGAAAGGCGUUCAACAUGGUGCAUGUGAUUAUCUCCUCAAGCCUAUACGGAUGAAAGAACUGCGAAACAUAUGGCAACAUGUCCUUAGAAAAAGGAUACACGAGGCUAGAGAGUUUGAAAGUUUUGAGAGUUUUGAGGGCAAUUACUUGAUGAGGAAUGGAUCAGAGCUGUCUGAUGAUGGAAACCUGUUUGCACUAGAAGAUAUGACUUCAUCGAAGAAAAGAAAAGAUGCAGAUAACAAGCAUGACGACAAAGAAUUUGUGGAUCCAUCUUCCACAAAGAAAGCUAGAGUAGUUUGGUCUGUUGAUCUUCAUCAGAAGUUUGUUAGAGCAGUGAAUCAGAUUGGAUUUGAUAAAGUUGGUCCAAAGAAAAUACUAGAUUUGAUGAAUGUUCCAUGGCUGACUAGAGAGAAUGUUGCUAGCCACUUGCAGAAAUACCGGCUUUACUUGAGCAGGCUUCAGAAAGAUGACGAACAAAAAUCUUCCUCAAGUGGAAUGAAGAUUUCCGAUUUACCUACAAAAGAAGUAGGAAGUUUCGGUCUUCAUAACUCUGUAACAAAGCAGCAAAAUGAUGUUUCAAUUGAUAGCUGCAAUUAUCCAGAUGGAGCAUUACAGAUUCAGAAAGUGGAAACCAAAAGUCAAGAAGGUAACACCAAGGGAAUUGUUUCGCAGUCCACCAUGGAAGAAAAGGGAAGAGCUUUGACUGGUAAUAAUAACAUUACUGAUGUAAUGAGAGAGGGUUUACAGGUGGGCCUUAACCAACCUUUUGCCCUUCCUGAGUCAAAAGGAAACUGUACAUCGUUUGAUUGUGCCAUCCCAACUAAGUACUCUUGGACUGAAGUUCCAGGAAUGCAACUCAAAGAAGAACAGAAGUCAAUUGUUCAGUUAGAGGAUAGCUUCAACCAAUUGCCGCCAUUACUUGGAAAGCAGCAUCAUAUCCAAGUUGAUCAAUCACAAUCAAUUGCUUCCAUUAGUUCCACUCCCUCUAUAAUGAAGGAAGAUGUUCCUGCUUGUAUAGAAACAAAACCUGUGUUUUCUGAUUACAAGAGCAGUUACACAAGUUCUAUAAGUUCCAAAGUGAGUGCACUUGACACCUUUCCGAUUCAGCCCGGAAGCCUUAUGAUGAGUGAUCAACCUUUACAACCCACAUCCGCUGCAAAUUUAGGCUUGAAAACACAGGGAUCUAAUCUCAGUUCCAUUUCUGAUUUGGAGUUUUACCAAAGAAACCUACUGUUGGGAGGUGAUGCACCUUCUGCUUCUUUGGAUGAGGACUUAUAUUCUUACUGGAUACAAGGUGAAUGUUAUAAUAUGAACUUCGGUCUGCAGAGUGUAGCGAUGCCUGAGUUUUAUGAUCCAGGGCUUAUUGCAGAAGUUCCACCCCACUUAUAUGAUUCAACUGAUUAUACAGUUAUAGAUCAAGGUCUAUUCAUAGCAUGAUCUCUCUGCUCUUUGUUUCAACUUGAACAAAAAUCAAAAUUCAUGUAAGAGUGGGCAAUGUAAUGUUACUUGUAGCUAAUUAUAUCUAGCAGUGAAGAAUUUCAAAUUCAAGUGUUGGGAAUUCUUUUUCCAAUCAUCAAGGAUUUGGAAAUUGCAGCUUGUAUAGAAGUGGAGAAUCACAAAUAUUAAGCUUAAUUAAUAAGCUUGCUUCCUUCUUA